AUGCCAUCAAUGGCUUACAUUUCUCUCUCUAAACCCUUCCAAUGGCGACCUCGACCCUCGAACCCUCAGACCCUCACGCUCCUCCGCCUCUUCAGCUCAACCGAAGCCGCAACCGGAGCCUCAACCGAAGCCCCAACCGAAACCCCAAACCCGCAAGAUGGAUCAGUGACCCCGACCCAUGUCCCAAAAGCUAGGCAGCAUCGAACUCCAAACCCAGAAAAGAUAGAGGACACCAUCUGCAGAAUGAUGGCGAAUCGGGUCUGGACGACCAGGUUACAGAACUCGAUCCGGAAUUUGGUACCCGAAUUCGACCACAACCUUGUGUGGAAUGUAUUGCACGGCGCUCGGAGCUGGGAGCAUGCGCUCCAAUUCUUCAGGUGGGUUGAGCGAUCCGGGUUGUUUAAACACGACCGCGAGACCCAUUUGAAGAUCAUUGAGAUUCUGAGCCGAAAUUCGAAGCUCAACCAUGCCCGGUGUAUUCUAUUGGACAUGCCCAAGAAAGGUGUGCGGUUGGACGAGGACCUCUUCAUUGGGCUCAUUGAUGGCUAUGGUAAGUCCGAUAAGGGUUGCAUUAUUCAAGAGUCUGUUAAGUUAUUCAUUAAAAUGAAGGAAUUGGGUGUGGAGAGAAGUCUCAAGUCCUAUGAGGCUCUGUAUAAGGCUAUCUUGCGUUGGGGUCGGUGUAUGAUGGCCAAGAGGUACUUUAAUGCCAUGUUGAGUGAGGGAAUAGAGCCCACUAGGCAUACUUAUAAUGUUAUGAUUUGGGGUUUCCUAAAGAGCCGGAAGUUAGAGACCGCCAAGCGGUUUUUUGAGGAUAUGAAAAGUAGAGGAAUUUCCCCUGAUCUUGUUACUUAUAACACCAUGAUUCAUGGGUACAUUCGGGUUGAUAAGAUGGAUGAGUCUGAGCAGUUGUUUGUAGAGUUGAAGGGGAGGAAUAUAGAACCUAAUGUGAUAAGUUAUACCACCAUGAUUAAAGGGUAUGUUUCUGUUGGGAGGGUUGAUGAUGGUUUGAGGUUGUUUGAGGAGAUGAAGUCUUUUGGUAUUAGGCCGAAUGCUGUCACCUUUUCGACUUUACUGCCGUGGGUUUGUGAGGCAGAGAAAAAGGAUGCAGCUCACAAGAUAUUAAUGGAAAUGGUUUCGAAGUAUAUUGCUCCUAUGGAUAAUUCAAUCUUUGAGAGAUUAUUAUCUUUACAGUGCAAGUCUGGGGAUAUGGAUGCAGCUGCUUAUGUGCUCAAGGCAAUGAUUCGGCUGAGAAUUCCUACUGAGGCUGGUCAUUAUGGUAUCCUGAUUGAAAACUUUUGCAAGGCUGGGGUGUAUGAUCAAGCAGUCAAGUUGCUGGAUAAGCUUAUUGAGAAAGAAAUUAUUUUGAGGCCUCAGAAUUCUAUUGAGUUGGAGCGUAGUGCUUUUCACCCAAUGAUUGAGUAUUUGUGCAACCAUGGGCAGACAGGGAAAGCUGAAGCCUUUUUUCCGGCAGUUGAUGAAAAAGGGUGUUGA